GUGCGCAGAAUAAGCUUUAGAUCUCACUUUUUUUGGUAGGAAAGUUGUUAUAUUAAUGUACUGCAUCGAUUUAGCUUAGUUGUUAGGACAGACAUUAACUUCCUCCCUUCCCAUCGUUCCCUAUUUAUGCAAACGGGUUGUUUGCUCGGUUACAGCCCGCUGGGCUUUGAUGGAGGGAAGUCUGGGGUAUUGUUUGUGUAUGAAUGAAAAGGCAGAGGAAAACUCCAGUGCAGUUAUUAUGAUCAUUUUAGAACUCUUUCAGAGCACAGAGUAAGGCACGGUGUGCAGAAACAUCCCACGUUGUUAUUGGGAUUCUGCUGGGAUGCUGACAAAGAGUUCCCCCCGUUGGUUCCUUCCCAUGUCUGGGACUGCUCUCCGUGGCUUCGCUGAGGGCAGCGGCUGUGGAGAUACCACCCCGUAGUUCAGCAUUAAAAAUACUUGGAAGACGAAAUCGGAAGACGUGUUAGAAGAAAAAAAAAGAAAGCCUCUGUGACCUGAAGGACACAUUCCGAGCGCCUGAAUAUGACAACAAAGCUCUUAAGGAUAUUCUUAAGUAUACAAAAGCUGAUUAGCUGCUAGCUUCCAACGUUGUGACUUUUCGGAGAUGUUAACACGCACCUCAGAGGAGCCCGGCCUGCUCUGUGCUGCCAGGCCCUCCUGUGCAGCGACCGCCGCUCCGCGUGCCCUGCUGCUGGGGCAGCUCUGGCCUGAGGAGCACGAAGUGAUACUGCUCAAUGUAACCAUCCUAAUCUCAAAGUUAAACUCUGCAGAAGAUUGCUAAUUGCCACAUAAGCCUCCACGUGAGCGUGGUGCCAUAGCACGUGACGUUGCAGGCUUAUUGGCAUAUAGGAGCUAACCGGGAGGCCUGGCUGGCGUGGCACAGGGCUCUGUGGUGACCUAUAUAGCAGUGGGGUGUGGUGCUGCUGGGCUUCCACCAGGCUGCCUGCAACCUGCCUGUGCCAUGGGCAGCUGCUGUGACGAGAGGGCCUUGAGGGGAACGGCGGGGAAUAAAUAAAUUGGGGGAAUCAGUUGUGUGGAAAAAGUCAUUGCAGCCAACGUGUCUGCCUUUUUCCUGAUGGUUCUGGGAGGAAAAUUAAAUUUCACGUUGCAAGGCCUGAUUCUAGAGGUUGUUCUGCUUGGGUUCCCCUUGGUCAUUGCAGCAUGGUGGCUUUGCCUGCCUGGGCAGCAGGCAGCAUGCUGGAAGGUCCCGCACCAAAUGGUUUCAGAAGCACCUUAAUUUUAAUGACUUUGAACCACUUAAGCUCUUUGCUUGAGCUUUCUGCUUGCUGCUGUAACUUCAACAGGUCGCUGGCUUCAGAAUUUCUUCUUUGUGAUUUUGCAGGCCCACCCUGCUGUUUGUCCUGAUUUCUAUCUACCAAGUCAGCCUCUCUUCUGAAAGCACUUUGUGGAGGUGCACAUCAGAUGCACAAAGCAUCAUUUCUUUUAAGUGGGAAAGUCAGUCUUGCUCUGAAAUAUAAAUGUUAUUUCUUCGUGUUUCUUCCCCCUAUUUGUCCUCAGCUUUCCCAUAGACGUUUUCAGCCUGUGCCUUUCCUACCUCCUUUUUAAUCUUCUUUCCAACUGAUGUUGCUCUUUGUUUGCUUAGCAGAGUUGCGUUUUCCUUGCUAGCUCCAGAUUAUUAGGACACAUUGCAGAAUAAACAGCAUUUCAGCUCUAAUAGGGCUGCUCUUUGCCCGCAGUGCAGGGGAUGCUGCUGCCAAUAUGGAAGGAGCUGGGGAGCUGCUCGAAGCCCCGUGUAGUUCUGUCACUUCAGCUUUUGUGUUUGUGGAAACUGCUUUCUUGCGUUGUUCAGUAGUUACCAGCAGCUGUAAGGUGUGUUCUUGCUCCAUGAUGUGGGAUGUGUGUGGGUGAGAAGCCUGAUCCUCUCACCCGUUCUGUGUGCCAGAUAACCCCAAAGCUAUAGGCUAACCCCAUCCAAAUAGUGAAACCUGGAGUGUGUGGAGGAGCACAGGGGGCUGGGCACUGCUCAGAGCAGCACGGGACAUUUGGAGUGCAGAGACUGCGAUGGUGUAAAGUAGAUCUGAACCUGGAGCAAGUCGAGACUUAGUAAAGGCACAUUUUUGUCCUGAAUCUCUGUAUAGGAAGCCUAUAGGUUGAUUUUUCGGAGAGUGAUCAGCAUUUGCUAAAUAUGUAGGUUCUAGGUGCUGAGGAGCAGUGGUCGUUCUUUAAGAGAGAACUGAAGGGAAACAGAAGGAAAUCUGUAAUUUUAGAAGUUCAGAGAUCAGAGUCAGGAGAAAAAGAGGAGAAAAGGUUUUCCUCAGAGAAAGCGUUGGGGCAGUGCUGUCCCGGUGGGAUGUGGAACAAACCCCUGCGGGACAGGAACGGGAAACUCAGUUCAGGAUUUCAGCUCUGACAACUUGUGUGGGCUGGUGAGCGGGGAGGCCGUGCCGGUGGUGACGUACUGUAUCAGCAUAUUCCUUGCUUAGAGAGCUGCUGAGAUAGAAAUCCAAGGCUGAAAUGCUACUUGUCAGCUUGGACUGUAGAGAGCAGCAGUUUAGUAUUUAAUCUUAGAGUUGGAAAUAAGACAACCUGAAAGGAUAUCUGACUUUGUUUUUAAUGCUCGAUACAAGGAGGAUUAAGGAAAGGAAGGUAAUGGUGAGGCUAACAGAUGUUCAAAAAACGCUCUGAUAAGGCUGAGAUGGCAUUGCGUGUAGGUGAGAGACUGGUAAGUUUCAGGGAUGCAUCUUAAUGAGUAGUUGGGGUGUGCUGGUUUUCAGAACCUUGUACCUAUGUAUUACUGGAUAGGAGAGCAUCUCUCAAGUCCAGAAAUCCGGUGUUCCUGGUAACCCGAGUCUUUUAGUUUCAUAUUUGCAUGUAUGGUGUUUAUAUGGGAUCAGAAAUAGCUCCGUAACUCUGGUUAUUAGGUUGAAGCAAGGUGUUAGCUGAUGUUCUGAUGGACCGCCUUCACACAUCUAGGUGCAAGUCCUGUGGCUUUUUGAGGCUGUGCUCUGAGUUCUGUUACCUUGGGUCUGCAGCAGCUGCUUGUUGAUGCUGCUGUUUGCUGCCAGGCAGAAGGCAGACAGGUCCUUGUCUCUGGUUGUAGACUUGGGAGGUGCUUGGGCUGUGCUGCGAGCUCCUGGGAACAGUUCAGGUCCAGAUUUCUGGUAGAGGUCACAGGGAGGUAUGACAGGAUGGCCUCAGCGCAGGCCGUGCCAUUUGAGCCACCACUUACCUGAGCGCAGAGGUCCCUUGAGCUCCAGUGAGGGGACUCCUGUUACAGUGUAAUUCUUGCCUUGAGUUGUUCUAACCAUGAAGAAUUAAACUGAGAGCUUACAGCAAGCAAUUUAAUCUCUUGAUUUAGGAAGGAAUCAUUCAGGAAGUGAGUUAAAUAGGGGCUUCUUACAUGCCUGAGGAGGUAAGUCUGGGAAAGACCUGCUAAGUAAUUCACUGUAUUUAUCGGUGCUGUUAUGAGGUGUCUGCCACGCUUUGCAUUUGCUUAGCUCUGUGAAUGGGGUGCAGCCUUACUCAUCCCUGCUUUCAUCAUCCUUUCUUGGGAGGGGAAGUGAACAAGCAGGCUUCAGCCUCAAGCAAGGGGGAAGUGAUCUCUGCAGAGGUGUGCUUUGUUGUGGGCCGUUUGUUUGUACAGAAGUAAGAACAGGCGGCCAUGCAAUUCCCUAAUUCCAUCCUAUCUUCAGGGAGGUUACUGGAAAACUGGCAUCACCUUCACUUGCCCUUCAGCUGUACUACAGUUCUGCAGCAAUGGUCAGCCCCAAGCAGCUCUUAGGGAUUGCACCUACCUUAUUUCAGUCAGCUUUGUGGCAGCUGUGCAGGGGAAAACGAGAUGUUUGGCAGAAUGGGUUGAGGGCAGUGCAGGAGCAGUUCCCAGCCUGGCUCUGAUCGUUGGUGUAGCAGAUGACUGUCUUAGAAGUCACGCAUGUGAGAUGUUGCAUUGAAGCUUAAGAAAAGAAAAGUGGAAGGGGGGGAAGUGGUUUGUGCCUUUUCACUUAAUCAUGGUUAGGUUUAAAGAAGUGCUGUGUUUAAGGUGACCGAGUUCUGAAACGACUCCUUCUCAAGGAAAUAAGCGGACGCCUCGUGUCCGCGCUCUCCCUGCAGCCACCACCAAACGAUUGCUUGGCUUUGGGGUACUGAAAACGACCACCUCAGCUCCCAAAGAUGGCAGAUGGAGGGUGCUGCUCCCACCUCUCUUCUCAGAAGAAACUCCCCUACCACAGCAGGGAUGUUCUAAUCCCUUUUCCUGGGGCAUUUUUCUCCUUUCACCACACUCUGCCUCUGAGGAAAUAAGACCGGGCUGCCUGCCUCUCUGGAUGGAGUGGCCAACCCCUCGUCCCUGCUGAGGUUGGUGUGGGGUUGGGGUGCUGUGACUGAUGAAUGUACGGCACGGGCAAGGCAGGCACGGAAAGGAGAUCAGUGCUUCUUCCUGUGGGUUGACUGCUCCGAAAACUUGGUGGCAUGUAGUGGAACACCUUGUUGGCUGGACUGCCUCUCUCAAGGCUUUUUUUCCCCCCAGGAUUUUAAGGAAACAGGGAUGCCAGCCUUCUGUAACAGGUUUGCUUGGGUCCUGGUGGCAGCCCCUGAAGAAAAGACCAAGUUCUCGCUGUUUUCUCCUUACGAAAAAUUCUUGUAGCUUUUCUCUGUCUUUUUUGAGAUUGUUGGUCACUUUCCAGUGGCUUUUUUUAAAACUGGAGUUGAAUCUCCACAGCUUUCUUCACCAUUUCUCCUCUGAGUUAUGCUCAUCCUCAUCUUUUAUCUCUGUGAGAGCACAUUUUUUUCUGCUGGAGCGUUGUAUGUAAACCUGUAUAGGGAAUAUAUAUAUUAUAGUUCUUGUACAAUGAAUUAUUUGGUAGCUCUUAGGACAGCUGGGAGGUAUUGAGUGUCGCCUUGCGGUCCAUCUAAUCGCGUAUAAGUCAGGGUGUGAGUUGGGGAACGCAGUGAGCUAAUUUAGCAGGACAUUGUUCUGCGAGGAGAAGUUUCCACUCUGCCUUUGUCCCCCUGCACCCUUCUUCCCAGGCGCCCAGCUCUAUAGCAGCUGCGCUCGUCAGGUCCUUCUGGGAACCACUUUAGCUCACUGAAAUGGCAGAAAAAUAACCCAGGAAAAUGGAGAGCAGUUUGCUGUUGUAAUGAAUCAAACUGGCUCAUAAAAGGAUCUGAUGAACACCAGAGCUGGUACUAAGGACGAGGGGGGCCCGUGGCUUGGAGAGCAGCAAGCCCUUUUCAUCUUUUCAUUUUGGUGGCAGUGAGCAAGUGGAUGGAUCAGUUGCCUGGGAACCUUCCUGGGCGUAACAGUGAUGGAAUAAUCAUUUGCGAAGCAAAGGACACCGAAAGGAAAAUGUGCUGGCUUGAGUUCAAACGGAUAUUGAAAUUUGUUUAUUCUAGCAAUGGUAUGGACUGCGCGCUCUAAACCGUUUGUUAGAAUUAAUAAACUACUGUCCAGAAGUCAAUUUUCCUUUUGAGGUAGAAGAACAAAAGCCGAGGAGAUUUACUGAGGUAUAAACGGCUCGUUGGAGAUCUCUCGCUUGGAGCAUUUCAUCUUCAAAACACUUGAUUCAGAAGAAAGUGCAUUGUUCUGUGUGUUCUCAUUUGGUGUUGUUUUUGUGUGCGUGUGAUUCUCUGUGGCAAGCUUGAAGUUCUCCAUUAGGUUCAUAAACCUCCGGAGCCAAAUUGUAUGUCUCAGAUUUUAUCAAAUCAAUGUUGAACUCAGAAGGUUUGGUUACUCGGAACGUUCUCCCAAGUACCUGGACUGUUCUUACACUGGUUUGAGGUAGUGUGAGAUUUCUUGGUCUUCAGAGAUGGCAAAGACUGUGCUGUUCUGAUGGUGAUCUGAAGCUUUCCCACAGUGAAGUGAACAUGUGAUUAAUUGCAAUCGCAUUGCUCUUAGUUGUUUGAAAUGGGUGAAAAAUAUAUUGUGAGUAAAAUAGUGUGCUGCUUGGGUACUUGUUUCACAGUGCUUCUGCUGCCCUUUGGGGGGACAAACGGGCAUUUGACGUUGCAUAGCUCUCAUGGGGAGCGGGCAUAUCCCAGAAAGUGGGCAGCUCUGUCUCAGGAGCUCAUGCUCGGGCUUCCUAACAACUUUAAGUGACUUUCAGAGCAGCAGGAAUACAUGAGGAGAAGCUGUUUGCUUCUGAAGAGCCACGGUUCUUUUGCAGUUAUUUGUGUAAACUGCCUGCUGUAUGACGGAGAGGUACCACUCAGGUGAAAGAGUGGAUUCUCCUUUCCAUUUUUCUCAAAAUACAGACAACUGGGUGUGCUUUAGUGGAAGGAGAACGCUUACCAUAUUACUCCAUAGGAAGAAAUGUGGUGCCUUGUAGAUGGAUCCUUUUUGCACAUUUUAAACCUGAAAGCCCCUUCAGGAGCUGUGGGGAUGGCAGGAGAGCAGCAGAGGGGACUUGCAAGCUGCGACCUCAGGAUGCUGCACACUGCUUUUGGGGAAAGCUCUGAGGAGUGGCGGUUCUGACUCACGUUGUGUGUGUUCAGGGCAAAUACUGUAGUUACUAAAAGCAGCUUGUUUACUUUAGGAGUUGCAUGUGCUAGCUCUAAUGGGCUUCAGGAAGCCCAAAGCACAGCUGUAAAACAUCUGUCUCUGGGACCAGGUUUUGUCUGUCUGAUGAAUUUUUGUCCCGCAUUUCAUGUUCAGAUUUAAAAAAGAUACAUUUUUUUUUCCCCAGUAGGACAGUUCUUAGCCUUCCUGCUUGAGGGCUGGGUUACACUUGAAAAGCUAUCAUGCUGUUGUCCUGAACGCAGAACUUAAAAUAGUGACUCGGUAUUAACUUAACUCCACUUCCUCUUUAAUCCGAUCAUCUUGCUUGCUAUAUGACCUUAUAACACCUUAAUUUAAAGGCUGCUUAUUCCAGUGGAUUAAAUUUGGAGGUGUCUGGAGUGGUGGGCAUUGCUACAGGAAGUGCUUAAGAGGAACUGAAGAACCAUGUAGCCUCAAAAAGCCCCAGAAACGGAGGAGGCGGUAUUUUCCUACUCGCUGAUGCUGACAGUGGAUGGAUGUUGCUGCUGUAUGGUCUGUGCAGCAGCAUGGGACUUAUUUAAGGCUGGGGGAGUUAUGAGGAUAUGGUUCUUCCGUGCUCCGGGUACAAGUACAUUCAUUUCUAAUGAGUGAAUUUGACACUCUUUGCCAGAUGUGGCAACAUACCUGCUCAGCACUUGCCCCUGCGGAUGCUUGGGUGGCUUUUCUUCUUUUCCUUGCAUUUAGUGCUGGUGGGCUCUGCAGGCAGCUGUGAGCCAGGGACUCCAGUGCUGCUCCCGACAGGUAUGUUGGGCUUGUAGUGAUGCCUUUCGAGGUCUGUCAUGCUGGGCUUGGUAAUAGUUGCUGUGUACGCACCAGCUCUCAUCACGUGAUUGUGGUUAUUUACACAGUGUUAAUUUUAUCUUGAUGCUGCUCUUGUGAGGCAGGUGAAGACUAUCCUUAAGAGCAGAGCUGGUCUUGUAUUGAGCACUUUUGGAAAUCCAUUGUAAAGUUUAGAAGUGGAAGGAGUGUGGCUUCUAUCACACACUAUGUUAUUAGCCAUUUUGUCUCAUGUUUUCUGUGAGGCUUUUCUUCCAUCUCAAGUCAAGCCUUGACUAAACCAAACAGAAAUCAACCAAUCUCUUUGAGCAUCUGCGUGUUGGGUGUGAUCUGAAUAUGGGGCUUAUGGUCACUUUUCACGUACUUGUGAAACCCUUGUUUAUUAUGAGCCUUGGAAAAAUCAACCACUGGCUCGUGCUGCCUCGUGUUGGGUGGAGGCUUAGCAGAAGGCUUGUUAUUCUGUAUGGGGCACACACUGCUGCACUUCUUCCUGCAGUGGCAAAGGCUGGAAGCUGUGGAGAGGCACGGCCCUUAAGGGCUUGUUGCAGCGAUGGCUGCAUCUUCUGCACUUCUUGAGGGGAAAAUCCACGUCGCAGGUUUAGAACGGUGAGCACAGUUCCUGCUUAAUAGGUAACAGGUUUUGUUUUCAGCAGCUAAGGUGUUGCACAAUGACUCGUGGCUUGGAGCUGAAGAUUGAAUUCAGUCUUCCAGUAAUUCCUUUAAGUGCUUAACCUAAAUAUGUUGUACUUAUUUUAAGUACCUUUUUAUAAGGGUAGUAAAACUUCAAGCCAGUGCUUUGACUUGAUAUUAUCUCUUCCAGCUGCUGUUUAAAACAGGAAAAAAGUGUGAACAUUUUAAUUUUUCUUAGCACUUGCUUUGAUUCUUUUUUUUCUUAUUGGAAUAGUCUUUAAUGCAAAGAAGAAAUGGUAGCAUUUCAGCAUAGUCUGAUACUCAUUAUUUUGGGUGUCCUUGUCUCAUUCCCGCUGUGUGCUCCCAAACGUUGUGAUCACACUUAGGUGGUGACAACAGGCACUGAAAUGCAGUUUCUUUGCGUGAGGAAAGCAAAAUGAUAUACUGAAAGUUGCGUAUUACCGAAGUGGCAUGUUUGUCAAGAGCUACGUUAGUUGUGUUACAGUCUUGCUCUUUUAGUGGCAGAGUGGCCGCCCCAUGGAUCUGCAUUAUCCCCAGCCCUGCCUGGCAGUGCCCUGGUGGAGGCUGUCCAGGAGCACAGUGAGCUCCUCACCCUCUGCAACUUUGCAGCUCAGAAUUUCCUUGGAAAAAGUGAUGGGUAACACUCAAUGAAUUUUUCUUGCAUGAAUUUGUCCGGUCCUUUCUCAGUCUAUGUAAACUCUUAGCUUCCAUUGGGACUGCGGCAAUGAAUUCUGCAGCUUAAGUACACAUUGUAUGAAGAACUGUUUCCUUUUAUUUGUUUUAUUUUGAACCUACCACCUGCUAGUUUUGUUUGAUGUUCUCCAGUUUCCUUGUUAAGUCAGAGGGAACAAUGGCUCCCUACUUACCUGCCUGUGCUGCUGGUGGUUCUGUAGGCUCUCUCUGGUUCUCUCCUCAGUUGUCCUUUAUGUGGGCUGGAGGCUCUGGAGGGUAUUCAGUGCCCAUCACUCUACUGUGGUCCUUCAGGCAUUUUACUCCUGAAGUGGACCUGCAGGAGGAUAUGGGUAUUCCACAGACUUGUGCAGCAACUUCAACGACCAACUCUGCUACAGUUGUUUAUUUCUAUUUUUAUUCUUAUUUUUCCUGGACUACUCAUAGCAUUUAGUAUUCUUAGAGUACAGCUUAGUCUGUUGACAGAUGGUGCCUUCCUAGAUCCAUCUCUUCUAGCCCCCAAAUCUCCUUGAGAAUGAGGCAGUGGAGCCAAAGCUCAGGAAGAUGUACGUGAAGCAGUCAGGCUGCUUUUUUUCAGGUGUGUAGCAUUCUGUUUACCCACGCUGACUCUCAUCACCAUUUUCUUUCACCUUUGCUGGGUAUGAUGAUCUGCCACUUCCUGCUUUUGAUUUUCACUUUUAGCAACAUGAACUCUUUGCUGUUACCAGCAAAGUUACUUUAAGGCUCGCCUCCUGUUGAUCAUUUACGUGUUUGCUAAACAACACAAGUCUUGUCGUAGACCUGAGAAUGCUCAGCUGACCUUUCCUAACACUUUUCUCCUGUUUAGAGCUGCCUGCUUACCCAUGUGCACACCUUCCCUCUUUUGCAGUUGUGAUGUAGUUUAAGAACCUGUGGCGGAGGACCUUUGGUCAGAAGUUGAGAUAUAUUUUGAACAUACAAGUCAGCUCAGACUUCGACCUCUUAUCAAUUGCUUCAAAGAAUUAGUAUGUAGUAGUAGCACAGGGCUUUUCUAUAGGAGGGCACCAACAUCGCUUCUGCGGUCUGUAUUUAUCCAUGUUCCCAUGGAAGUUGCUUCUUGCGUCUUCUCCAUAUUCACCCCACUGAGAAGCUGGACUCGCUGGCAAGCGGUUCUUAACAGCCUGAAUGUGUGACUGCCUUUCAGGACAUGAAGGCAGUAUUUGACACCAAUGGUAUGGUGAAUAGAUAAGCUGUUUUAUCCUUGAGCUUGUCAGAACUCUUGGCUGAGUACCAUCUUGUUUUGGGAACUUGUUACUGUUUGCUUUAGCUUGACCCAAAACUACCUCUGAGGCUUUCUGCGAGGAGAAAUUCCAAGAAAAGCUUCCCUUGGCUCCUCCAGUGACAGUGAGUGCAAAAAAACCCCUUUGUUUUCUUAGAGUAUUUUAUAUCAUGGCUGUGUGUUAGCCCAGUGGGUUUUCUAGGAGGCCUCAUGUAUGUGGGCUGUGUGAAAUGAUCUCUUAUUGCUUUGCCCUUUUGCACGCGUGCUUUUUGUUUACAUUUUUACUUGCUAGUUCUUUUCUUUAUUAAUUCUCUCUUCGUGAAGGAUGUUAUUUCUUGUGUUAAUUUCCCCUGCUUCUGGUUUACCUUUGAAUUUUUUUUGCUCCGGGUUUUUUUUCUGCUCUAUUUUUUGUCUGUCCUUUGCAACCAUUUUGUCCAAGUGUCUCAUUUUGGUUCUCUUACCAAGCUUCCUCAUUUUUCAUACUUAUUUUUUCAAAGUAAGCCCUCCAAUAAUAUAUUUUGGUGGUUGCUGCUUUUUAGAAAUGUUAAGCUUAAGUGUAUUUAAUGAACUUCGUUAGCAGUAGCUGUUAUGCUAUAGUCAAGUCAAAUGUGACGUGGACAGAUGUGAAUGUAAUGUAAUUUGUUGGAUGUUGAAAUAGUCCAUAAUCUUGUUAAAAUGCAACAGCGUAGCACUGUGUGCUUCACCAUAACUUCAGAGAAGUGUUGGAGAAGUAUGGUUGUUCAAUUUGUUUUUAUAACCGUUUUGUUCUUGCCAGCAAAUCGGUUACCUUGCCAGCCUGUACAAGUAGCAUGGAAACCUGAAUUGAAUGCCAUGGAUUUAAGAAUGAGACAAAGUAUGUGACUGUGUCCUUUGAUAAUUCCCCAUCAAUUGUAAAUUGAUGCAUUUGUCCAAAUAUGCAGUAUAAAACAGCAUUACAAUCUAGCUGUAGUUAUCAUGGGACCCAUAACUUUGAUUUUUCUUCUUCUUUGCUUCCUAUGUGAAAACCUCUAGUGUAGUAUAGUAUUUAAUUGUUUAGCACUGAGGUCUCUCUGUUUUAUCAUAGUAUGCGACAUGUUACAGUACCACUCUGUAUAAAAACCUUUGGUGCUUGAAGCUGUGGUGGAACAGUAAGAGUUUAUUCGUGUGUGGAUGUGACUGCUGCAUUCAAGAAAAGUUUGCAGAAAGAAUAUCUUCUUUGUGGAGGCCUUUGAGGAUUAUGCUGCUUUGCUUAGCUGACAUCCACUUGAGAAGUUGUAGGAUCAAACCAAAAACAUGAAGUUAUGAGCAUUUACUGUUCGUUUGUGUUUUGUGUGAUAAUUUCUGUUAGAGAAAAGGCUAUCUUGAAAGUUACUUCGACUUCCAAAGUGGUUUCCAAUAGAUAUGCAUGCAGUAUUUCUGCAUAAGCAACGGAAUGUUGGGAGUUUUGCUCUGAAGUAAUGGAAAAAAGUCGGUUCUGCAGAGAUCAUGAGCUGUUUGGGACUGCUUAUGCAUGAAGGUGGACUCAGUGAUUUUGUGGAGAAGGAGCAGUUGGUUCAAAAUGGAUGCCCUGCGAGGUGGCAACUGUGAGUUCACAGAAGUUAACAAAGAAGUGGAAUUUUUAGAGAGGGCUUAUAGAAUUCUUCUGGCUCUUCCUGCCAAGGACACAGGUGUCAUGAAGGGCUUGUGCUCAUUCCAGGAGCAGUAACCAGACUUUGCCUGACACUGCGUGGUCCAAAAGAAUUAAGGAAAUAUGGAAUGACAUGAAGGAGAUUAGUUGAGGAUUAAAGGCUUUGAGGACAAAACACCUCGCCGAGGUGAAGCACAGACUAGCGUUCUAGUUGUAGCUCCAAGGAGCUGUGUGCUGCAAAAAGAUGGCAGAUCCAGGAAUGAUGAGUCUGUUUGGAGAAGAUGGGAAUAUUUUCAGUGAAGGGCUGGAAGGUCUCGGAGAAUGUGGAUAUCCUGAAAACACAGUAAAUCCUAUGGGGCAGCAAAUGCCCAUGGAUCAAGGAUUUCCCUCUUUACAGUCAUCUCUUCAUCAUCCCCCUGCAAAUCAAAAUCAAGCGAAGUUGACCCAUUUUGAUCACUAUAAUCAAUACGAACAGCAGAAAAUGCACCUGAUGGAUCAGCCGAACAGGAUGAUAAGCAAUGCCCCUGGGAAUGGUAUAGCAUCUCCUCAUUCACAGUAUCACAACCCUCCCGUUCCUCAGGUUCCUCAUGGCAGCGGUGCUAGUGGUCAGAUGGGAGUCUAUCCCAGCAUGCAGAACGAAAGACACGGGCAACCCUUCGUAGACAGUGGCUCGAUGUGGGGGCCGCGGGCAGUUCAAGUGCCAGACCAGAUAAGAGCACCAUACCAGCAGCAGCAGCAACAGCCGCAACCGACACAGCCGCCACAAGCGCCCUCCGGACCCCCGGGGCAGGGCCAUCCUCAGCACAUGCAGCAGAUGGGAAACUACAUGGCUCGUGGUGAUUUUUCAAUGCAACAGCACGGUCAGCCGCAACAGCAGAGGAUGAACCAGUUUUCUCAAGGCCAAGAAGGCCUCAAUCAGGGAAACCCUUUCAUUGCCACCUCAGGACCUGGCCACUUGUCUCAUGUGCCCCAGCAGAAUCCCAGUAUGGCACCUUCUUUGCGACACUCUGUCCAGCAAUUUCACCACCAUCCCCCCACUGCUCUCCAUGGAGAAUCAGUAGCCCACAGCCCCAGAUUCUCCCCUAAUCCUCCCCAGCAGGGUGCUGUUAGGCCGCAAACACUUAAUUUUAGUUCUCGGAGCCAGACGGUACCCUCACCUACUAUAAACAACUCAGGGCAGUAUUCUCGAUAUCCUUACAGUAACCUUAAUCAGGGAUUAGUUAAUAAUACAGGGAUGAAUCAGAAUUUAGGCCUUACAAAUAACACUCCAAUGAAUCAGUCUGUACCAAGAUACCCAAAUGCUGUAGGAUUUCCAUCAAACAGUGGUCAAGGACUAAUGCACCAGCAACCCAUCCACCCUAGUGGCUCACUUAACCAAAUGAACACGCAAACUAUGCACCCUUCACAGCCUCAGGGAACUUAUGCCUCUCCACCUCCCAUGUCACCUAUGAAAGCAAUGAGUAAUCCAGCAGGUACGCCUCCUCCACAGGUUAGGCCUGGUAGCGCUGGAAUACCAAUGGAAGUUGGCAGUUAUCCAAAUAUACCCCAUCCUCAGCCAUCACACCAGCCCCCUGGUGCCAUGGGAAUUGGACAAAGGAAUAUGGGCCCCCGAAACAUGCAACAGAAUCGUCCUUUUAUGGGUAUGUCUUCAACACCACGGGAGAUGGGUGGGCACAUGAGACCAAAUGGUUGUCCAGGUGUUGGCCUUGCGGAUCCACAAGCAAUACAAGAGCGACUAAUAUCUGGCCAGCAGCUUCCUAGUCAACAGCAGUCUUUUCAACAGCAAAUGCCAACCUGUCCUCCCAUGCAGCCUCAUCCAGGGAUACAUCAUCAGUCUUCACCGCCACCACAUCCUCAUCAUCAGCCUUGGGCACAGCUUCACCAGUCACCACAAAACACACCGCAAAAAGUGCCUGUCCUUCAGCAUUCUCCAUCGGAACCUUUUUUAGAGAAACCAGUGCCGGAUAUGACUCAGGUUAGUGGACCGAAUACCCAGCUAGUGAAAAGUGAUGAUUAUCUGCCAUCAGUUGAACCACAGCCCCAGCAAAAGAAAAAGAAAAAGAAAAACAAUCACAUUGCUGCAGAAGGUCCCAGUAAAAGUUUUGGUAAGGAAGACUUUCCUGGGGGACUUGACAGCCAGAAUCUAAGCAGGAACUCAGUGGAUUGCUCCCAAGAGGAUAAAAAGAAAAAGAAAAAGCCCAAGGCAAAAAAAGAACCGAAGGAUCCUAAAGAGCCCAAGGAAAAGAAGGAACCCAAGACCCCCAAAGUCCCUAAGACCCCUAAAGAGCCAAAGGAAAAGAAAGCAAAAAACACCACGCCAAAACCCAAGACCAGCAAAAAGACAAGUAACAAGAAAACAGAUUCAGAAAGUAGUGCUGCGAAGAAAAAGGUUAACAAGGGAAAGGAAGGUUCUGAAAACUCAGAUUUGGAUAAAACUCCACCACCUUCACCUCAUCCUGAAGAUGAAGAUGAUCCAGGAGUUCAGAAGCGACGCUCCAGCAGGCAGGUGAAGAGGAAACGUUAUACGGAAGACUUGGAGUUCAAGAUUUCAGAUGAGGAGGCGGAUGAUGCUGAUGCUGCUGGAAGAGACUCUCCUUCAAAUACUUCUCAGUCAGAGCAACAGGAGUCUGCUGAUGCUGAAGGUCCUGUUGUGGAGAAAAUCAUGAGUAGCCGCUCAGUCAAGAAAAAGAUGGAGAAUGGAGAGGAGGUAGAAAUAGAGGAGUUCUAUGUAAAGUACAAAAACUUUUCUUACCUUCAUUGUCAGUGGGCAUCUGUGGAAGAGCUGGACAAAGACAAGAGAAUUCAGCAGAAGAUUAAGCGGUUUAAGGCAAAACAGGGCCAGAACAAAUUCCUUUCAGAAAUUGAUGAUGAGCUUUUUAAUCCAGAUUAUGUGGAGAUCGAUCGAAUCUUGGAUUUUUCACGUAGCACAGAUGAUAAUGGGGAGCCUGUAACGCAUUAUCUGGUGAAGUGGUGUUCGCUUCCUUAUGAAGACAGCACUUGGGAGCUCAAGCAAGACAUCGACCAAGCUAAGAUUGAAGAAUUUGAGAAACUGAUGUCUAGAGAGCCAGAAAUGGAGCGUGUGGAGCGACCUCCUGCCGAUGACUGGAAGAAAUCGGAGAGUUCCAGGGAGUAUAAAAACAAUAACAAACUCAGGGAAUACCAGUUGGAGGGAGUAAACUGGCUUCUUUUCAAUUGGUACAACACACGAAACUGCAUUUUAGCAGAUGAAAUGGGGUUGGGAAAGACUAUCCAGUCCAUUACGUUUCUCUAUGAGAUAUAUUUGAAAGGAAUCCAUGGUCCUUUCUUGGUUAUUGCACCGUUGUCCACAAUUCCCAACUGGGAAAGGGAGUUCCGCACCUGGACAGAGUUGAAUGUGGUUGUGUAUCAUGGGAGUCAAGCAAGCCGGCGGACCAUUCAGUUGUAUGAAAUGUAUUUCAAAGAUCCACAGGGUCGUGUGAUAAAAGGGUCCUACAAGUUCCAUGCUAUUAUCACAACAUUUGAAAUGAUUUUGACUGACUGCCCCGAGCUUCGAAACAUUCCAUGGCGUUGUGUAGUAAUCGAUGAGGCCCACAGGCUGAAAAACAGGAAUUGUAAGCUUUUGGAAGGACUCAAGAUGAUGGAUCUGGAACAUAAAGUGCUGCUUACCGGAACUCCUUUGCAGAAUACAGUAGAAGAGCUAUUUAGCUUGCUUCACUUUUUGGAACCAGGUCGCUUCCCAUCCGAAACCACAUUCAUGCAAGAAUUUGGGGAUCUGAAAACCGAAGAACAGGUGCAGAAAUUGCAAGCUAUUUUGAAGCCGAUGAUGCUGAGACGUCUCAAGGAGGAUGUGGAAAAGAACCUGGCCCCCAAAGAGGAAACCAUCAUUGAAGUUGAGCUGACGAAUAUUCAGAAGAAGUACUAUCGUGCUAUUCUCGAGAAGAAUUUUGCGUUUCUCUCGAAGGGUGGAGGUCAGGCAAAUGUACCUAAUCUUUUAAACACUAUGAUGGAACUAAGAAAAUGCUGCAAUCAUCCGUACCUUAUUAAUGGUGCUGAAGAGAAAAUUUUGGAAGAGUUUAAAGAAACACACAAUGCCGACUCUCCAGAUUUUCAGCUCCAGGCAAUGAUCCAGGCUGCUGGCAAGCUAGUACUGAUUGACAAGCUGCUGCCAAAACUGAAGGCUGGUGGCCACAGGGUGCUUAUCUUUUCCCAGAUGGUGCGCUGCUUGGACAUACUGGAAGACUACCUCAUUCAAAGACGGUACCCAUACGAACGAAUUGAUGGCCGAGUAAGAGGCAACUUGCGUCAGGCAGCUAUUGACAGGUUUUCAAGACCUGAUUCUGAUAGGUUUGUUUUCCUGCUGUGUACAAGGGCAGGAGGCUUGGGCAUUAAUCUUACUGCUGCUGAUACCUGCAUCAUUUUUGAUUCAGACUGGAACCCUCAAAAUGACCUCCAGGCUCAAGCACGAUGUCACAGAAUAGGACAGAGCAAAUCAGUGAAAAUUUACAGGUUGAUUACAAGGAAUUCUUAUGAAAGGGAAAUGUUUGACAAAGCUAGCUUGAAGCUUGGCCUUGAUAAGGCUGUGCUACAAUCUAUGAGUGGAAGAGAAAAUGCUACAAAUGGGGUGCAACAGCUUUCUAAAAAAGAAAUAGAAGAUCUUCUUCGAAAGGGAGCAUACGGUGCUCUGAUGGAUGAGGAAGAUGAAGGGUCUAAGUUUUGUGAAGAAGAUAUUGAUCAAAUUCUCUUAAGGCGAACACACACAAUUACUAUUGAAUCUGAAGGAAAAGGCUCAACAUUUGCAAAGGCUAGUUUUGUUGCAUCUGGGAACAGGACAGACAUUUCCUUGGAUGACCCUAAUUUUUGGCAGAAGUGGGCAAAGAAGGCUGAACUGGAUAUUGAUGCUUUAAAUGGAAGGAAUAACCUAGUUAUUGAUACACCAAGAGUAAGAAAGCAAACCAGACUCUACAGUGCAGUCAAAGAGGAUGAACUGAUGGAGUUUUCAGACCUGGAAAGUGAUUCCGAAGAAAAGCCUAGCACGAAGCCCCGUAGGCCUCAGGACAAAUCACAGGGUUAUGCAAGAAGUGAAUGUUUCAGGGUAGAGAAGAACUUGUUGGUUUAUGGCUGGGGUCGUUGGACUGACAUCCUCUCACAUGGGCGCUAUAAACGUCAGCUAACAGAACAAGAUGUGGAAACCAUCUGCCGGACUAUCCUGGUAUAUUGCCUUAAUCAUUACAAAGGGGAUGAAAAUAUCAAAAGUUUCAUCUGGGAUCUGAUCACUCCAACUGCAGAUGGGCAAACUCGAGCUUUGGUUAAUCAUUCCGGCCUGUCUGCGCCAGUGCCCAGAGGGAGGAAAGGCAAGAAAGUAAAAGCCCAGAGUUCACAGCCAAUGCUUCAAGAUGCUGAUUGGCUCACCACCUGUAAUCCGGAUGUAUUAUUUCAAGAAGACAGCUAUAGAAAACAUCUCAAACAUCAUUGUAAUAAGGUCCUGCUGCGUGUCCGCAUGCUGUACUAUCUACGACAAGAAGUUAUAGGGGACCAAGCAGACAGGAUCUUAGAGGGUGCUGACUCAAGUGAAGUAGAUGUAUGGAUACCUGAGCCGUUCCAUGCUGAAGUUCCUGCAGACUGGUGGGAUAAGGAGGCAGAUAAAUCCCUUUUAAUUGGAGUAUUCAAACACGGUUAUGAGAAGUACAAUUCCAUGAGAGCUGAUUCAACACUGUGCUUUCUGGAACGGGUUGGCAUGCCUGAUGCAAAGGCCAUAGCUGCUGAACAGAGAGGGACAGACAUGUUAGCAGAUGGCGGUGAUGGAGGUGAAUUCGACAGAGAGGAUGAAGAUCCAGAAUAUAAGCCAACCAGAACUCCUUUCAAGGAUGAAAUUGAUGAAUUUGCAAACUCACCUCCAGAAGACAAAGAGGAGUCCAUUGAAAUCCACCCAAACAAGCACAGUGAAAGCAAUUCUGAGUUAGGCCAACUCUACUGGCCCAACACUUCAACCCUGACUACCCGUCUGCGUCGCCUCAUUACUGCCUAUCAGCGCAGCUAUAAAAGGCAACAAAUGAGGCAAGAGGCACUAAUGAAGACUGACCGCAGGAGACGUCGGCCUCGGGAAGAAGUGAGGGCACUAGAAGCAGAAAGGGAGGCUAUAAUAACUGAAAAACGACAAAAAUGGACAAGAAGAGAAGAAGCCGAUUUUUAUCGUGUAGUGUCUACUUUUGGAAUUAUUUUUGAUCCUAUAAAACAUCAAUUUGACUGGAAUCAAUUCCGAGCAUUUGCCAGGCUUGAUAAAAAGUCCGAUGAAAGCUUGGAGAAGUAUUUUAAUGGCUUUGUGAAUAUGUGUAGACGAGUGUGCCGAAUGCCAGUCAAGCCAGAUGAUGAGCCACCUGAUCUUUCUACUAUGAUUGAACCGAUCACAGAAGAACGUGCUUCCAGAACUUUAUAUCGCAUAGAGCUGUUACGGAAAAUCCGUGAACAGGUUCUUCAUCACCCGCAGCUGGGAGAGAGGCUAAAACUUUGCCAACCAAGUUUGGAUCUGCCAGAGUGGUGGGAGUGUGGUAAACAUGACAAAGACUUACUGAUUGGUGCUGCUAAACAUGGAGUCAGUAGGACAGAUUAUCACAUUCUGAAUGAUCCUGAGCUGUCUUUUCUUGAGGCCCACAAAAACUUUGCUCAAAACAGGGGGACGGGUAAUGCAAAUACUGUCUCUUCUCUACACCCUGUGGGUGCUGGCUGCAGUCAAACACCACCUAUUGUCCCAUCCACACCAGUGCAAGAAGAAAAAAGCACAGAACAAACGGAGUCUAAAGUUGAAGGAUCUGAAAAUCCAGCAGCCAAAGAAAAGUCUGAUAUCAAGGAAGAGACAGAUAUUGCAGAUAAAGACACUAAACAGGACUGUGAUGCUGAGGCUGAGACUGGCUCUGUUAAAUGUGAAUUGAAAGACAUAGAAAUGAGUACAGACGUGGACCCAAAAUCUAUUUCGGAAAAAGGUUCAGAAGAAGAUGAAGAGGAGAAACUGGAUGAUGAUGACAAAUCAGAAGAGUCCUCCCAACCUGAAGCAGGAGCAGUUUCUCAGGGUAAGAAUUUUGAUGAAGAAAGCAAUGCCUCUAUGAGUACCGCAAGGGAUGAAACACGCGAUGGAUUCUACAUGGAAGAUGGGGAUCCUUCUGUGGUCCAGCUGCUUCAUGAAAGAACAUUUGCCUUUUCUUUCUGGCCUAAGGACCGAGUAAUGAUCAACCGAUUAGACAACAUCUGCGAAGCAGUGCUGAAAGGGAAGUGGCCAGUAAAUAGGCGCCAGAUGUUUGAUUUCCAGGGGCUCAUACCUGGGUAUACUCCAACAGCUGUGGACAGCCCUCUGCAAAAAAGGAGCUUUGCAGAGCUCUCCAUGAUUGGUCAAGCCAGCAUCAGUGGCAGUGAAGACAUCACUGCUUCUCCUCAGUUGUCAAAGGAAGAUGCACUCAAUUUAUCAGUUCCACGUCAGAGGAGGAGGAGACGAAGAAAGAUUGAAAUUGAGGCUGAGAGAGCUGCCAAAAGGAGAAAUCUUAUGGAAAUGGUUGCCCAGUUACGUGAGUCUCAGGUGGUCUCAGAAAAUGGACAAGAAAAGGUUGUAGAUUUAUCAAAGGCCUCACGAGAGGCAACAAGUUCUACCUCAAAUUUUUCAUCUGUUACUUCAAAGUUUAUCUUGCCUAAUGUCUCCACACCCGUGUCUGAUGCCUUUAAAACUCAAAUGGAGCUGCUGCAAGCAGGUCUUUCACGCACACCCACAAGGCAUCUACUAAAUGGCUCUUUAAUAGAUGGAGAACCGCCCAUGAAGAGGAGGAGAGGAAGGAGGAAAAAUGUAGAAGGGCUUGAUCUGUUAUUUAUGAGCAACAAACGGACAUCAUUGACAGUAGAGGAUGCAGAAGUGACCAAAGCUUUUGAAGAAGAUAUGGAGGCCCUACCAGCAAGGAACAUUCCAUCUCCUGGUCAACUGGACCCAGACACUCGCAUCCCUGUAAUCAAUCUAGAGGAUGGGACCAGGCUGGUGGGAGAAGAUGCUCCCAAAAACAAGGAUUUAGUUGAAUGGCUUAAAUUGCAUCCUACUUACACUGUAGAUAUGCCAAGUUAUGUACCAAAGAGUGCAGAUGUGCUGUUUUCCUCAUUUCAGAAGCCGAAACAAAAACGACACAGAUGUCGAAACCCUAAUAAACUGGAUAUAAACACCUUGACAGGAGAAGAAAGGGUACCUGUUGUAAAUAAGCGAAAUGGGAAGAAGAUGGGUGGAGCUAUGGCCCCUCCAAUGAAGGACUUGCCAAGAUGGUUAGAAGAAAAUCCUGAAUUUGCUGUUGCUCCAGAUUGGACUGACAUUGUUAAACAGUCUGGUUUUGUUCCAGAGUCUAUGUUUGACCGUCUUCUCACUGGACCUGUUGUGAGGGAGGAAGGAGCAAGCAGAAGAGGAAGAAGGCCAAAAAGUGAAAUUGCCAAAGCAGCUGCAGCAGCUGCUGCUGUAGCAUCAACUUCGGGAAUCAACCCACUACUAAUGAACAGUCUGUUUGCUGGAAUGGACCUCACCAGCCUCCAGAACCUACAGAACCUGCAGUCUCUCCAGCUCGCAGGCCUCAUGGGCUUUCCGCCAGGGCUAGCAACAGCUGCUGCUGCUGGGGGGGAUGCUAAAAAUCCGGCUGCCAUGUUGCCUCUGAUGUUGCCAGGGAUGGCAGGAUUGCCCAAUAUGUUUGGACUAAGCGGAUUGUUGAAUAACCCAAUAACGGCUACUACUGGAAAUGCCACUACUGCUUCCGGUCAAGGAGAGACUGAGGAUGGCGCUUCAAAAGCUGAAGAGAAGAAAAAUGAGAAUGAAGAGGAGAACAAAGACUCUGAGAAAAGCACAGACACUGUUUCUGCUACUGACUCUGCGAAUGGAUCUGUCAGUGCUGCUACUGCGGCGACUACCGCCACUGCCACCACUACCACCACCACCAACACUGGAUUGCCCACAAACCCUCUGGCCUUCAAUCCUUUCCUGCUGUCUACCAUGGCUCCUGGCCUGUUCUAUCCAUCUAUGUUUCUACCUCCGGGACUGGGAGGAUUGACUCUGCCUGGUUUCCCAGCACUAGCAGGACUUCAGAAUGCAGUGGGCUCCAACGAAGAGAAGGCUACUGACAAAACUGAAGGAACUGCCUUUAAAGAUGAAGAAAACCUGGAAGGCAGUGAUGCAGAGGAGAGCCUUGAUAAAACUGCAGAUUCCUCCAUUUUAGAAGACGAAAUAGCACAGGGUGAAGAAUUAGACUCACUUGAUGGGGGGGAAGAAAUAGAAAACAAUGAAAAUGAUGAAUAACCAGUACCAGUUACAGUUGAAGUGUUUUAAACUUUUGACAAGUGGUAGUCCUACUGUUUACACUCACAGUUAAUGUCCAUACUUAGUUUUUAUAAGCUGUUCUGUAACAUAGUGUAGCAAAAAAAAAAAAAAAAAAAGUUCAAGUCAUGUUAUACAGAUGUGUCAAAAGGUAUCUUGGUCAUUAAGUAUUGUGCAGUGCAUUAUUUAUUAUCCCUAGGAGAGAUGAAAUUUGAGAGGUGAUCAUGUCUUUUUAAGGAAAUUGACAUAAUGCUCUGCUUUUUCUUUUUCUUUUGGUACCAUUGGUAUUAUAAAAAGCAGCAAUUUGUAAUCAAGUGGCACUAAGAGAAGGAAGUGCUGCUUAAAGGAAGGAUGAAGUUAUAUAUUUAAUUUUUUAUUUUUAUUUUUUUUUUUUGCUGUGAAGGUCAAGAUGAAAUCUACCAUACAUAUCGUACUCGUGCUUCAUUUUGACUGUACGGGAGUUCACCCGCUCACGUGCGCGCACACACCCACACACACACUCUCUCUCUGACAAUCUUCAUGAUAGUGUGAAUGUCUCUGUCUUGAGACGCAGCAAUAAUAAGGCAGCUGUUGAAUGUGAAGAGUACCUUUUGGAAAUUUACCCGCGGAGAAGGUUCUUACAGGAUAAAGCUACAGUUUAAUCGUCUCGUGAUCUUGUAAUGCACUGGUAUAAACAAAAAGAAAAAAAUCAGGUACCUUUUUUAAAUUAAAGGACUUUGUUACUUUAGCCACAAAGCUAAACAGCAUUACCUCAACUCUAAACUAGCCUUGAAGUUUACAGACAUGACUUUGUAAAUGUAUUGUUUUUCUUUGUUGUGAUGUCUUUUUAUUUUUUUUUUUCUUUGGAAACUGCUAUCAUGUAAGAUAAGAUGUAAAUUGCUGCCAACUGUAGUAAUGAUGCUUUUAAUAAAAGUGACCCAUGAUAUGCA